CAACCCAAAGUGGCUCUUGGUUUGUCUGCUAUUUAUUAACCCGGAGCCUGGUGGCGGUCAUUAUCAUUGUCACCUCCUUUCAGGUUGCCCAACAUUUCCAGCUCGAGCAAAAGGCAAGAGAUCGAUACCGGAGACGACCGAGACCUUUGUCUUACAGCAAGAAGAACUCAGCUCCAAGCAAUCACUAACAGCAAAACAAUUGCAAGCAUUGCCUCUGCCCCUCAGAAAGCAACCCAACUGGCCUUGAUUUGGCAGCCUCGGAAUCUCCAAGCAAGCAUCACACGCCACUACACGCAGCAGCAGCAGCCAUGGCGCAAACCGGAGGAUCCUACAACAACCCCUUGAAGAAGUUCAAGCUGGUCUUCUUAGGGGAACAAAGCGUGGGCAAGACGUCCCUGAUUACCAGAUUCAUGUACGACUCGUUCGACAACAUGUAUCAGGCAACCAUUGGUAUCGAUUUCCUCUCCAAGACCAUGUAUCUCGAGGAUCGGACGGUACGACUACAGCUGUGGGAUACCGCAGGCCAGGAGCGAUUCCGAAGCUUGAUCCCUUCAUACAUCCGUGACUCGAGCGUUGCCGUUGUUGUCUACGAUAUCUCUAACGCAAAAUCAUUCCAAAACACCAAGAAGUGGAUUGAUGACGUCCGGGCAGAGAGAGGAAACGACGUUAUCAUUGUCCUGGUGGGCAACAAGACCGAUCUUAAUGAUAAGCGAGAGGUCACAACCCAGCAGGGAGAGGAGGAGGCCAAGAGACAAGGUCUAAGAUUUGUUGAGACAAGUGCCAAGCUUGGUCACAACGUACAAAACCUCUUCAAGAGAAUAGCACAGGCACUGCCUGGCAUGGAAGGCUCUGAUGCAGCUGCCCAAGCAACCAACCAAAACGACAAUCGCGACGGGCACUCUGUUCAUAAUGUCCAAAUUUACGAGGCUGUAUCUGCGGAUACCUCGGCCGAAGGUAGCCUGCAGACUGGCACUGAAUUGAUUUCCUUGGCAUUGGUCUUCAACAAGGUUACGGGCGUUUACGGUCUUCUUGCGAUCCUCACCGGAUUCCAGCUCUCCCUCUUCCAGCUUACAACUUACGUCUACUGUAUUGGCGUUCUCGGCCUCCUCGUCUACCUGAUCCCGCAUAUCCGAAAGCAGAGCCCGUUCGAAUGCCUGGCCCUGGCGUGGCUGUAUGUCAUCGAUGCCAUCAUCAACGGCGCUUCUACAGUGGCUUUUGGAAUGGACUGGUACUUCGCCACUGCUUCAUCAAACGGAUCUAGUCUGCCUGAUAUGGUUGCUGAGGGCAUGGAGGGUCUCCGUCGCGAAACUGCCGUGCAUGGCGAUGUUGUACCUCAAGAGACAGCCGCCAGCAUGCUCUUGAUCACUGGCUUAACCCUGAUCAGAGUCUACUUCAGUCUGGUCGUCAUGAACUAUGCACGCCAGGUGCUGCAGAAGUAUAUGCAACUGAUGAUCCUUGAAGGACCUGGCGUCGACGAUCACGUGGGCCCCUUUGCUGCGGACCUGCCUGACGGUGAAGGACGAAAAGGUCAGCUCGGUCGACUGAUGGUGUCUUUCGGGCGCAACUACUGGAUGGAUUACUCUGAGGCGAGAGAAUGGGUUGAGGGUGGUAGCAGCCGGAAACCCAGCACGGUAGCAACUCUGGCUGGCGAAGUAUGA